AGACUGGACGGCAAGAAGGCAAACUGUGAAGGUGCCGAGUGACUCAACCCGAAACACAGCCCUUAAUUGAUCUAUGACAAAAAUCAUGUGAAUGACAGAAUGCACAGGGCCCUUCCCCUUUAUGAAAGCCAAACUAAGUUUCCAUUGAAGUGUUGGAGUUAGUUGAGCAAAUAUAAAUACUGGUUGCUGAGAGCUUAAGCAGCUGCACCCCAAAGGAACAUGGAGAUCAUGUCAAGCUUCGACAGAGACCUCAAUGACAUGAGGGAGUAUUAUGAGAGCGGAAAGACUAAGCAAGCAUCUUGGAGAGAAUCUCAGCUCAAAUCCUUGCGUUGCUUCCUCAUGGAAAAACAACAACAUAUCAUGGAGGCCCUUAUGCAGGAUCUUGGGAAACAUCAACUUGAAGCUUUCAGAGACGAGAUAGGGACUUUGAUCAAGACCUUAAAUCUGGCAUUGAAGUCUUUGAAAGCUUGGAUGUCAGGCAAAAAGGCUGAAUUGCCACAAGUAGCAUUGCUCACCAGUGCAGAAAUUGUUUCAGAACCACUUGGUCUGGUCCUCAUUAUUUCAUCUUGGAAUUUCCCAUUUGGACUAUCCUUGGAGCCACUUAUUGGAGCAAUAGCUGCGGGAAACGUGGCAAUCUUAAAGCCUUCAGAGUUGUCUCCAGCUUCUUCUUCUCUACUCGCUUCCAGUCUCACCUCUUAUUUGGACAAUAAAGCCAUUAAGGUGAUCCAAGGAGGACCACAAGAGACCCAACAGCUACUAGAGCAAAGAUGGGACAAAAUCUUCUUCACAGGAAGUGCACGUGUGGGGCGGAUUGUUAUGUCUGCUGCUGUGAAGAAUUUGACUCCUGUGACUUUGGAGUUGGGUGGAAAAUGCCCUGCAGUUGUUGACUCCCUUUCAUCUUCCUGGGAUAUAGAGGCCACUGUGAAGAGAAUUGUUGUGGGAAAAUUUGGGACUUGUGCUGGUCAAGCAUGCAUAGCCAUUGAUUAUGUCCUGGUGGAAAAUAAGUAUUGCUCAAAACUGGUGGAACUGAUGAAGGUCUGGAUCAAGAAAAUGUUUGGAGAGAACCCUCAACGGUCCAAAACUAUCACCAGGAUAGUUAACAAACACCACUUCUCUAGAUUGAACAACCUUCUUGCUGAUAAAAUGGUCAAAGAAUCAGUGGUUUAUGGUGGCUCAGUGGACGAAGAAAACUUAUUUAUUGAGCCAACCAUCUUGGUGGAUCCCCCACUGGACGCAGCAAUUAUGUCAGAAGAGAUCUUUGGACCAUUACUUCCAAUUAUUACUGUAGAGAAGAUUGAGGACAGUAUUAGAUUCAUAAGGAGUAGGCCUAAGCCUCUUGCCCUUUAUGUCUUCACCAAAAACAAAACCCUAGAGAGAAGAAUGAUAUCUGAAACAUCAUCUGGCAGUUUAACUUUCAAUGAUGCAAUACUACAAUAUGCAGCUGAUUCUCUUCCAUUUGGAGGAGUGGGAGAAAGUGGGUUUGGCAUGUACCAUGGGAAGUUCUCCUUUGACACAUUUAGCCACCAGAAGGCAAUAGUAAGAAGAAGUUUUCUCACUGAUUUCUGGUUUAGAUAUCCUCCAUGGACACUAAAUAAGUUGCAACUACUUGAAGAGUGUUACAACUAUGAUUAUCUGGGGAUGUUCCUUGUCAUGCUGGGCUUGAAGAGAUCAUCAAAACGCUUAUUUGCAAAUCAUAUGUAGCUGUAUAGGAUCUUACUAAUAUGAGAACAAUACACACUGUCAUUUGUUUCUUGUGAAAAACCAGAAAACUGUAAUGUUUUCCUUUUCUUUUCUUACAAAGUCCAAUAAAAAUUGUUCCAUGUGCAA